CAGCUCAAACCAGAUGCAAGAGGCCCAGUAUUGUGUUUUGUUGGUCCACCAGGUGUUGGGAAGACGUCGUUAGCUUCAUCCAUUGCCACUGCUUUGGGCAGAAAAUUUGUUCGCAUAUCUCUUGGUGGUGUGAAGGACGAGGCAGAUAUUAGAGGGCAUAGACGAACGUACAUUGGAAGCAUGCCUGGACGUCUUAUUGAUGGGUUGAAGAGAGUAGGUGUUUGCAAUCCAGUUAUGCUUCUGGAUGAGAUUGACAAAACAGGUUCUGAUGUUCGCGGUGAUCCUGCCUCAGCGCUACUUGAAGUUCUUGAUCCUGAGCAAAACAAAACAUUUAAUGAUCACUAUUUGAACGUGCCCUAUGACCUUUCAAAGGUCAUUUUUGUUGCUACUGCCAACAGAGUGCAGCCUGUCCCUCCACCACUCUUAGACAGGAUGGAAGUCAUUGAGCUGCCUGGCUAUACACCUGAAGAAAAACUUAAUAUAGCAAUGAGGCAUUUAAUUCCACGAGUACUGGAUCAGCAUGGUUUGAAUUUUGAUUUCCUUCAAAUUCCUGAGGCUAUGGUGAAACUUGUCAUUCAAAGGUACACAAGAGAAGCUGGAGUCCGUAAUCUGGAGAGAAACUUGGCUGCCAUAGCUCGUGCAGCAGCUGUUAGAGUUGCAGAACGAGAACAUGCCAUACCGCUUAGCAAAGAUGUCCAGCAAAUUGCCUCACCUUUGUUGGAGAGCAGACUUGCUGAUGGAGCUGACGUUGAAAUGGAAAUCAUUCCCAUGGGUGUUAACAAUCAUGAUAUCUCACAGGCAUUAAGGAUCACGUCACCUUUGGUUGUGGAUGAAGCUAUGUUGGAGAAAGUACUGGGGCCCCCAAGAUAUGAUGACAGGGAGACUGCAGAUCGCAUUGCAACUCCUGGUAUAUCUGUUGGACUCGUAUGGACAGCCUUUGGUGGAGAGGUUCAAUUUGUUGAAGCUACUGCAAUGGUGGGAAAAGGUGAUCUACAUCUCACUGGCCAACUUGGGGAUGUUAUUAAAGAAUCAGCCCAGAUUGCAAUGACAUGGGUACGGGCGAGAGCAACACAACUUAAGUUGGCUACUGCUGAGGAGACUAAUCUCCUUGAAGGCCGGGAUAUUCACAUACAUUUUCCUGCUGGGGCUAUACCUAAGGAUGGACCAUCAGCUGGCGUGACUCUUGUAACCGCUCUGGUUUCACUGUUCAGUCAGAGGAAAGUACGAACAGAUACGGCAAUGACAGGAGAGAUGACUCUGAGAGGUUCAGUUUUACCUGUAGGCGGUAUUAAGGAUAAGGUAUACUUUCAACUUAUUUUUAUGUGGUUUAUUUUGCUACUUGUGACCUCAGAAAUUAAGCAAUGACAUCAGUAUGAAAUUAGUAUUUUGGUUUGUUUCAUCAAUCUGACUCAAUUCACUCUUCAACUCUAGACCAUAAAAGAAUUUCUUGGUGGAGAAACUCAGUUUAGCAUCUGUCACAUGACGUGCUGCGACCUUGUCAAAAAGAUUAAGCGAUCUAAAAUAACUCCAGAAGAAAUUAUCUCACUUGUCCUAGAAUAUUUUGAACAUGCAGCAGUGAAAUA